CUUGUACUAUUUUUAGAUGCAGAUUUUACGCUUGGGAAUUCACGUGAUAUUACCUCGUUUCAUAGCAAAAAACAGAAGAGGUAUGCAUGUACCAUCUGUAAUUAUUCAACUAACUUCAAGGGCAGCCUGCAAAGACACAGCAUGAUUCAUACAGGACAAAGACCUCAUCUGUGCCAUGUUUGCUUUAAAGGUUUCAUUCAAAAAAGUGACCUGCAGAUACAUUUACUUCGACAUGCAGGCCAAAGACCAUUUGGAUGCGAUAUCUGUCAUAAGAAUUAUUCUUGCCGUUCAGAUCUCAAUAGACAUUAUCAUCUCUAUAGACAUCUGGACCAUAAUGAUGAAUGGAAUGAAAGCUGUAUAGAUAGAGAAGGAACUAAUGUUUGUAAACAAAAGAUGACUAUGUUUUCAUGCUCCAUGUGUGCAUAUGUCACACCUCGGAAGCAAAGUAUUCAAAGACAUUUCCUAGCUCAUACUGGAGAACGACCUCAUCAGUGUCGACUCUGUGGGCAGAAGUUUUCCAUGAAGCAUUCUCUGAAACGUCAUAUAGUUGUUCUUCAUCCUGAAGUCAUGAAAUACCUGAUAAACUGUAUAAAAUAUGGGAAGGUUUGGUUUUAUAUGACAUUAAAAGUUGUAAAUGUUAUUUAUUAUGUAGUGACAAGUUUUACAAUUUUCACAGUGUUUCGAAGGAAUUAUCCAAUACGAUUCUUCGAUCGCAGAUUCCAGUGUGACAGAUGUCCCUAUACAACUAAUGUGAAGGGUAGUCUUCAGCGCCAUAUGUUGACUCAUACUGGAAAUCGGCCGCACCAUUGCCCACUGUGUCGAAAAGGAUUCAUUCAAAAAAGUGAUUUAAAUAUUCAUUUGCGAAGGCAUACUGGAGAAAAACCAUUCAGAUGUGAUUUAUGUUUUAAAACAUAUUCUCGGCGUUCUGAACUUACAAAACAUCGUUUCGUUCAUGCUUAACAGUUAUUCACUGGAACCUUGUAAAUAAAUCAGCUUAAUUUUUUCAUAACUGCCUUAUGUUUUGUGAAGUAAUUUGUUUACUGAAUUUAUGUAAAACUUGUAUACUUUUCAGUGAUAAUUUCAUUUUGUAUAUUGCCUUUCUGAUUAAAAAAUGGGAAAAGUCUUAAAAA